GUGGUGAGUGAUCGCUGCAGAAAGUGGAGAGGGGAGGGGAAUAUGUGCCCUGUAGUGGAACUCUUGCAGUUCUUCUCUCACAUUUUGGACUGGGUCAGGAGUUAGCUUUUGCACUGCAGUGCUUGUAAAUCCUUGCGAUUCUCCGUUGUCCCAAUGGAUUGGAGCUGAUCGACUACCUUCACAGCUGAGACUGACAGCUUUUGGUAGAAUGAUUACAUGUUAUAGUUCUUCUGUCUUUAUAUAAACUGCUCAAUCUCAGCAAUAAUAUUAAAGCACAGUCUUCAGAAAGAAUUUUAAAUUACUUUGUAUAUAUUAAGAAGUUUCCUGUUGCUACCUACAUGAUAAUAUCUUGUGGUUACCUUCCAUUUCAAAAAGCUAUCAGUCACACUGAAUGCCUGCAAGCUGACUGGGCUGGGAAAUUUCAAACAUUUACUCUCUUCUUAGUGAAAAGGUCUUCGUCACUCGCUCCUAAGUGACUGUCAUCUCCUUGGAUUUAGGUCUCUCUUUUCAGAAUAUACAUCAAGGCUCAUAGAUUGUUAAAACCUAAUGGAAAAAUGUUACCGUGUGGUCUCUGCCUGCUCCUUUAAACUGAAUGGGAUGGGUGUCAUGCAGAUGGAUUGCUUCCGUAAGGGUCAUAAAACUGAACCAGAGGAAAACCGUCGUAGUCAAAGACGCUACACCCCCAGGCGUCCAAAGGUCAAUGGUUGGAGUUGGCCACCCCAUCCCUAUCAGAUACUAUCUUGGAUCGCCGACUUGUACUUCCUUAUCGUUGUAGUGGGUAUACUUAUCCCUCUUCUUCCAUCAAGAUGGGUACCUGCUGGCUACAUUUGGUUUGGUAGUGCUUUUAUUUGGCACGUAGCUUUUCAGGUGACUGCAACCACCAUCGACCCAGCUGAGGAUAGCGUUCGGGCCAAGGGAUAUAAAAGAUUACCCCCGGUGUACAAAGGCAAACCACUUAAAUCUGGUCUCCAUAAGCGCUACUGCCCGCUUUGUGAAGUUAAGGUGUGUCGUAAUUCCCACCACUGCAAUAGAUGCAAGAAGUGUGUAGGUAAUUUUGAUCAUCACUGUAAAUGGCUCAACAAUUGUGUAGGAGGCAGAAAUUACCGGUACUUCCUGAGCUGUGUUAUCUCUGCUGUCCUUGGUUGUCUGAUAAUUAUCACCAUUUCAGGCUUUGUCUUUGUUGGAUUCUUUUUAAAUCCAAAACUGCUUCGAAGCAACCCAAAAUUCGGAUUUGUAAAUGACACAAAUACCUGGCUUGUAUUUCUGCCAUAUUUUUCCAUUCAUACAAAUGCAACUACUAUUCUUGUUCUCGCUGUGGUGACUAUUGGACUAAGUGUGACUGCACUGAUAGUUUUGUGCGAUCUUCUGUUCUUCCACUUCUACAUCAUGUGGAAACAAAUAAGCACUUAUGAAUAUAUACUUUUCCGCCGUGAGCAGCGAGUGUCGAAAGUCUCACCACAAAAUGAUCAUGACAUAGAAGCUUUACAUUGGAAAUCUAAUCAGAAUACUAAUAAUGCGGCAUCUCAUCAAAAGGGUAAUACUCACGUUCACUUUGAGAGCACCUCAACAGAUGGGUCAACAUCAGAGUAUCGCCGGGACACUGUCAUGAUAGAGGAUGAAACUUUCCCAACAGUUGCUUCUAAUUGUAAUCAAGACAGAAGAAAGAAGAUUUCACAGUUGAAGGAAAAACGAAGACAUAAAAUGUCUGCAAGUAGAUUUAAACGCAAUGCUGCAAUCAGGACCACUAAAAGACCAUUUCGACCUUCUCAACUACCACCAGCUCUUGCUGCUGCUAUUCGGAGUUCAGUGCACUCUCUCCAAUCCUUCCCAUCGAUAGAUUAUCUGUCUGCUUUAUCAGUGAGCACUGUCCAUUCCGUGCGGGCUGCAGGACCUCCAGCUGAGUACCGUUCAGAUUCUGCAGAGUCUGGAUGAAAUCCCGGUGGUCCAGACAAGACUCGGCAGUGCAGCAGUGGCCAUGCAGACCAGCACAAACUUCCACAGCACAGAAAAAUUUUGGAAAUUCUCUGCAGACUGCUAUUUCUAAAGAGCACUACAACAAAAGACCAGAUCAGCCAACUAAAGCAAAAAAUCGGAAGGCUUGGAUCCAGGCAUUGAACAGUUUUCCAGCAUUUAAGGCCAUUUCUUAAAUGGAACUGCUUCUCAGGGACUGGUUCAGUGUGAUGAUUUUUAAGUAUCACAUCAGUUUUUUUACAUUCUGUUUACCCUCCAUUAACAAAUUGUUGAUUGUGACAAUCUGAGGGGGAGAAAACAUCAUUUAACAGCUUCUUUUAAACACUUUCCUAAAACCACAGCAUUUAUUUUGUGUGGCCUUGGCAAUCUUUUAAUGGCAAUGUGACAUUGCUCUUGUUUUAUUGAAAUUUUAUUUCUAUGUUAUUUAAUAGUUAAACUCUUAAGUGUCAAAAGUAUUAUAGAUACAAUUUUAAUUUUUUUAAGACAACAACAUUGUUUCUGUACGAAAAUAAAUUAUUUUAAAGUAUA